AUGACUAUUAAUGGAUUAUUGAUACCUAGCAAGUUUAUUCUAGUUUCGUGCCAUUUUAUAACAUCUCUAAUGGCUUAUUAUGGAGCUGUAUAGAACUCCUCCUCAUCUAUUAGAAAGAAAAUAUAUUGGCUAAUUUUCAAAGUAAAACUUAUGAUACCAAUUCUGAUUCUUACAUCUCAGCUUAUAAUUCCAUUAUAUCGUGUAUCAUACUUGGAUUGAUUGGCCUUGGUAUAGAGAUGAUAUUCAUUAUAACUGGAAUUACUAUGUUUUAUGAUACUAGUAAUUUUUUAAGUAUUCAAAUAAUCAUCUGAAUAUAGUUAUAUGUUUACAUGCAGUGGGCAUAAUUGUUUACAGUGAGUUUAUCAUUGGAGCAUGGCCUUAUUAUGAAUUAUGGUAUUAUUGGGCAGCAUUUAUGUAAAUACUUGAAUACUAAGUUAGCUUGUUACCAGUCUUAUUAGAGAUUGUAGCAACAUGUUUUGGUAAUAUUCUUUAUGGUACAGCUUUUAGAAGAAGAUUAUCAAGAAAAGGAAAUUGA